UCGGUGGUCUGGCCGGGAUGAAUAUGGGUCAAACGCAUGUUUUACAAUAAGUUCUGAGUGAAAAACGAACAAGUUACUUGCAUAAUUACGUAAUGCAUUAAUACAUUCAUCUAUUUUUCUUUUCCCUAUUACUGAGUACAUCAAAGUGUAAUUUGUGAGACAAUAGUACAUAAUAUCUGUCAUUAUUCAUCUUUUUACACGUAUUACUAUAAAGUGAAUGUCCGGCACGCGACCGAAAAUUAUUAAAGAUGUGGUGCAAAGUAAAUUUGUAUAAACAACAUUAUAAUGGAAUAAUAUGUAAAAAUCUGAACUUUAGACAUGUGUUCAUGUAUAACGACACAAAUUAUUAUUAGAUUUAGAGGCUAUGAAAUGAGUCCGAAGAUAGAACUUAUAUUAUUAUGAGCGAACUUCAAGCAACUGUAGAAUUUGCUGUCGAGUACUGCAAGUUUUAUAACAUAGAUUUAUUCCAAAGAGGAUUGUAUCGUAUUCGGACUGAAUUGAAAGUUUCUCCUAAGCUUUCUGUUCAAGUAGAAGUUAGCUUGAAAAAACAUCAUCAAAGACAAGAAAAUCAAAAAUCUCCUCAAUUAUACUAUGUUGAAAGUGGAGAAGAUCUUGGUGUCAGUAAAACAUUCAGAAUACUUUAUAGACAUGAAGAAAUUAUGCUUGAUGACACAAUAUUAUUUAAAGCACAUGUACUUGUAGACAGUCAAAAACUUCAAGACAGUCUCGAAAGAGCAGGUUUUAUUUUGAAUGUCGAAUUGUGGUUUGGAGAAAAUGGCUCUAUGUGCUGUGUUUCCAGUAGGACUCUUCAGCUUCACGUUUGUCCGGCGAGAGGAUUACAUUAUCACUUACCAGUGUUAUUUGACUAUUUUCACUUGUCAGCUGUGACUUUAACUAUACAUGCAAGUCUAGUCGCAUUACAUCAACCUUACAUUAAAAAAAGUAUUUUGAAUUAUAUGCAAAGUUGUGCUCCUAGAACUGGUAAAACAUGGUUAACAAAUAAUACAAAUCGAUUUAAUUUUCGGCCAUCACAUUCCAUAGAAUCAGUUUUUUUUGGCAAUGCGAAUGGCCAAAACGGGACCACUAAAUGUGUUGGAAGCUCAGGGAAUAAUAACAAUAGCAAUCAUGUCAGUCGUAUGCUCAAUGCUCGACUUAUUCAUCGUGAAGUUUGUUCAUUGUUAUCGGAAGCUUUCGACAAUCUUCAUUCCACAAUUGCUCAAUAUAAUAGAAUAAUGCCUGUAUGGCAACAGGUAGAAACACCGGUCGGUCUCAAAACUGCUGUCACUAUUCCUCAAACAAAUAAAAUUUUAGAUGAAGAUGAAUUUUUAGCCUUAGCAAAUAGUAGUAUAGCUCAGUUAUGUGCUCAAAAUAUAUUGUUAUGGCAUCAUUUUUUAGAUAAUUUUACAAAAAAACAAGCUAUAAAUCAGCAUCUUUCCAAAAAACACCAUCAACUUCGAGUAAGAAGAUUUUCCGAAGCAUUUUUUGUACUAGAAAAUCCUAGACAAAGUGCAGCAGGCUGUUAUGAUGACCAUAAUAACUUUCAACAUUAUAGAGCCGUUUCAGAAGCAGCUAGAAGAUCUAGGUACUUAGCUUCAUUGCCACCUUUACCUGUUCAUUGCUCAGCAACAGAUGGUGACCCAUUAACAUUACCUGUUAUUUUCGAAGACCAAUAUACAAAACCGGGAAGUAGUGCUAGGCGAUCAGAUAGUGAUUCUCUUAUGAACUCAUGUGGUAUUCCUUUAAAUACGCUACGACAAACUCUCUUGCUUAACCAAGAUUGUAGUUGCGGAAUCGCAGCCAUAUUAGAAUCGAGAAGAUGUAGUCAAAUGGCAUCAACUGGAAAAUUACUUAAAGUAAAAGGGGCACAUGAAGAUCAAAAACCAGAUAAUCUUCGCAUUAAAACUAGGCACAGCAAGUCAUUAGACCAAUUAUUAAGAUCGACUGUAAUGGAAACACCCAUGUUAUCAUUACCACUAAGUUUUUCCAGAACUUUCGAACCGAAUAAUAAUAUAAAUAAUACUACUGAACGAUCAAUAGUAUUAAAAUCUUCACCACAAAAACCAUUAGAUCUCAUUCAAAAUACUAAAAUUAUGACACUUCCUCGUCGUCUAAAAGAUGUCAAACCGUUUGAGUUUCGAGUUCAGCCAAAUGGCUAUGCAUCGUUACCAUUACGAAGAAAUGAUAGGCGAGCUUACCGAACAAUAAGUUCGACACAAAAAAUUAAACCAAAAAUUAUAGUUAAGAGUAGAUCACCAACAUCAGGCGAGGAAUCUCCGAUUUCAAGAUUAGGAACUAGUGUAAGUGUUCCACUUCAAUUAGAAGCGUUAAAUACAUCAUCGGUAACGGUGAAAUAUUCAAAUAGUGCUACUUCCAUACCUGAUAUGAUAAACGAAAAAAUAAUUUCGGGUGUUGCAAAUAGUAGUGAAUCAAUGCCUGAUCUUGCAUCAACAGUAGUCGGACGAUUCUCAUCAGUUUCUGAUAGUGAUAUCACAUCAGAACAAAGCGGAUGGGUUUCUAGUCGUCGAUCUUCAAUAUCUUCAUUUUCAGGACAAAUUACGCCAAAAGUGGAAGAUCCAUAUGAAACAAAAGAGGAUCUAUUUAUAGGGAAAGAAUUACAAAAGAGAUUACUGAAAUUAUUAGAAGAAUCGCCAAAUAGAAAAAUGGUCGUCGCUGAAAAGAAAAUUAAAACUUCUAAGAAUAAUAAAUUAUUAACUAAUGUUAAUAAAUCAAUGACUAAUGAUCAGUUGUAUGAAGAAGUUCGUUUACCACCACCAAGGCAAUUUAGAGAUAUUCCUCUUCCACCAGAACCUUUUAGAGACACAAUUCCUCCACCAGAUUCAGUUGAUAAUUUAUUAUAUCAUAUGUAUGAAACAGUAAAAGAAGCAAGAUGGAAUGAUCAACAUCGAUUAGCCAUGAGACAAAAGAAAUUUUCAGAAAAUUCUAAAAAGCCAGUGUCCAGAACUAAGAAAAAUAGAGUGGAACAGGAAUACUAUGAAGAUGAAAUACCAAAAGACAUAAAAUCUGACGACCGUAUUCAUUCUUAUAAUAGUGUUGAAGACAACUCAAUGUUUCAAAAAUAUAAGGAACAAUUUAAAAAACAAAUGAGUUUUACUGGUAUAAUUUAUAGCGAUGCUCAUAUAUUAGCUUCAACUUUGCCAUACUUUCAUAUCAGCGAGGACUUGCGUAUGUUUUCACCAGAAGGUGUUCAUCUUAUUGUUUGUGUCCAUGGAUUAGAUGGAAAUUCGGCCGAUCUACGUCUAGUUAAGACAUACAUCAAAUUAGGCUUACCAGGUGCUCAUCUGGAGUUCCUUAUGUCUGAAAGAAACCAAGGUGAUACAUUUUCUGAUUUCGAACGGAUGACUGAUCGUCUUGUCAAUGAAAUUCUUAGUCAUAUAUCUUCGUUUCAAUUACCGCAUUAUCCGUCUAGGAUAAGCUUUGUAGGUCAUUCACUUGGAACGAUUAUCAUCAGAGCAGCUGUCGCUCGACCUCAGAUGAAACAUUUGCUACCGAAAAUGCAUACGUUUUUGUCACUUUCUGGACCUCAUUUAGGCACUUUGUACAAUACUAGUGGAUUAGUAAAUAUGGGUUUAUGGUUCAUGCAAAAAGUAAAAAAAAGUGGUACUCUACUUCAAUUAUCUUUGAAAGAUGCUGUAGAUAUCCGACAAACGUUCCUCUAUCGAUUAGCUCAAAAUUGUCAUUUAAGUUAUUUUAAACAUGUGCUGUUGUUUGGUUCGUCCCAAGAUCGAUAUGUUCCACCUCAUUCAGCUCGGAUUGAGUUGUGCAAAGCCGCCAUUAAAGAUACAUCACCCAUUGGAUUGGCAUAUCGGGAAAUGGUGAACAACAUACUAUGUCCUAUAAUCAACAAACCAGAUGUUACAUUUAUCCGUUACGACGUACAUCAUGCAUUACCUAAUACGGCUAAUUCAUUAAUAGGAAGAGCAGCUCACAUAGCAGUUUUAGAUUCCGACUUAUUUAUAGAAAAAUUUUUGGUGGUAACCGGACUUAAAUACUUUAGAUAGAUCUUUGUAGAAAGCACCAAUGCAUGUGUAUUCGACAAAAGAACCAACCUACGGAAGAGGUACCCGAAAUCAUACUCAGGGGACAUAUGGAACCAACAGCACCUUCAAUUACGGUCAACCCUGAGAGGCGGUCAUCAGUGUAUUCCAUCCAAACUAUCCAUUAUCCACGGAUUUAGAGGAUAGUUUCGUCUUAAAGAGGGGCGUGUAAUGAGCAGGCCUCAUUUACGUCAUUGCACCACAUCACGCCAUAAGACGUCAGCAUUACGCUAUACUAAAUGGACCAAUCAAAGGCUCUUUAAAUCAUCACGCCACUUCCGUAUCAGGAUACGUGACGCAAGUGGGCUCCUAUAUAAUGCACCUGCUCACUAGCCACGGGAAAUCAAUCUUAAUACAGAGCUAACUGACUGUGUUACUGUUAAUACAAGUCGUGAUCGACUUGACUCCUGUACAGUUUAACUUAUUAUCUAUAUACAUAAUUACUGAGUGUUUGUC